CGCCGGGCGGAUCAGCGCUGCGCGCCGGCGCCUGCCGGGGAGCCGGAUUUGGAGCGCGCGGCGCCGCCUGGGCCGGAGGGGGCGGCGCGGCGGAGCCUCCAGUGGCCUCGGACGCUCCUUCUCGCCCGCGGCCGCCGCCCGCCUCCUGCUCCUUCGUCCUGGCCGGGCCCGGACGCCACUUCCGGCCGCUCACCUGGGACGUGCUCACCUGCCUCCGGGCGCCUGGGCACCAGGAUGAAGGACCGGCUGGAGCAGCUGAAGGCCAAGCAGCUGACACAGGAUGACGAUGCCGAUGAGGUCGAGAUUGCUGUUGACAACACAGCUUUCAUGGACGAGUUCUUUUCUGAGAUCGAGGAAACUCGAUUCAACAUUGACAAGAUCUCAGAGCACGUGGAGGAAGCUAAGAAGCUCUACAGUAUCAUCCUGUCUGCGCCCAUUCCAGAGCCAAAAACCAAGGAUGACCUGGAGCAGCUCACGACUGAGAUCAAGAAAAGGGCCAACAAUGUCCGGAACAAACUGAAGAGCAUGGAGAGGCAUAUUGAAGAAGACGAGGUCCGGUCGUCAGCAGACCUUCGGAUUCGGAAAUCCCAGCACUCCGUCCUCUCCCGGAAGUUUGUGGAGGUGAUGACCAAAUACAACGAGGCUCAGGUGGACUUCCGUGAACGCAGCAAAGGGCGAAUCCAGCGGCAGCUCGAGAUCACCGGCAGAAAGACAACAGAUGAGGAGCUGGAGGAGAUGCUGGAGAGUGGGAACCCUGCCAUCUUCACCUCGGGGAUCAUCGACUCUCAGAUUUCCAAGCAAGCCCUCAGUGAGAUCGAGGGACGGCACAAGGACAUCGUGAGGCUGGAGAGCAGCAUCAAGGAGCUUCACGACAUGUUCAUGGACAUCGCCGUGCUGGUGGAGAACCAGAAGAAGAUCAUGAUCAUGAUCUGCUGUGUUAUCCUUGCGAUCAUCUUAGCUUCUACUAUUGGGGGCAUAUUUGCCUGAAAAAAGCCAAAACAAAACAGGUGAGCCGUCUGUGGGGAGGGUCAGGCCUGUUUUCGCUCGAGACGCUUGUGUCCUGAGGGCUUUGGUUGUCACCAGGUGCCUUAAUCUAUGUGGGAUUGGGUGCUGGAAUAAAGGUUGGAGAAAACCAAGAAAAAUGAGUGAAGAGGGAGUUGGUAGGGAGUAGGUAAAUGGGGAGACAGAAGGUGGCAGUCUGUCCCAUAAGCAGGUCUGGUAGCAGACUGUUUUCUUCAGAAUGCUUUGCCUAAGGGUGUUGAUUUCCUGUAGUGAAAUCUGGGCACUGGCAUGUGGGAACGGCAGAGGAGAAUGAAUUCAUUAUUGCAUUAGAAGCACCCUGAACUCUUUGGAAGAGGGCCACACAGGGAGCCCAAAGUAAAUAUCGAUAAAAUUUUCCCCUUAUGAGGUUAGGCCAGGUUUUUGCAGCCUUGUGAGUAGUCCCUUACCCCUGUAGACAGGCUUGGUGAUCCUAGCCCCACACGUUUUGCUGUAUAAUCUAUGAUUUUUUUCCCUCCGUUUGUUACCCCUUCAGUCCUCACGGAUGGAUCCUCACCUGGCAUUUUCAUUCUUCUUCCACCUCUGUGGUGCCACCCCUUCUCCGCUGCAGAUCCCUCAAAAGCUCUUCUUUCCAUCAGGAAACCUCUUAGGACACAGGACCUCAACCACCUACCAGUUAAAAGUUACGCAAAGGGAGAUUUACCAAAACAUGGACUUGGGUGGCAGGCAGGGGUGAAGGAACAGGGAGUACAGCACUGUGUAGCCGGUUAGGAGGAUGGUUAAAGGAGGAGACUGCAGGGUAGAGGAGAAAGCAUAGGUACCUGUUUAGGAAAUAAACUCGGAGCCAGAGAGCCCACGCUGCCGUAAUGCCUGAAGCACACCCGGCUCAUCAGGAUCUGAUAUUAACUGCUGGGAGUCAGUCAGGAUCAGGGCACUUGUCACUUCUGCUCUUCCAGUUCUGGGUCUCACCUUUGACCAACGCUCUGUCUCCUUCCUUCUUCAGGGUCCAGUGUUCUCCAAGGUGGUUGUCUAACGAUAGGCCCCAGGCACGUCUCCCUCGCUGCUGUGUCCCCAGUACUUAGCACAGUGCCUGCCGCUUAUAGCUGCUCAAGAAUCUGUUGACUUUAUCUGAAAUUAAGCUCUGAUUUCUGCUAUGGCCGAGUCCUUGGACUUGCCUCUUAAACGCUUUAAGGCAUCAGUGGGAAAUGGUCUGUGUCACAGGCUGUGUAGAAAUGCCUGGGAAUGGUCCAUCCACCCACGCAGGAGCACAGCAGGCCCCCCUUUCACAACAUACACUUGAAAGUCCUUUUUUUACGGGAGGUGGUGAUAGAGUUCUGUCAACGGCCUCUUACUUUGCAGAGAUGGCUGGCCCCAGGACUGUGGUUCAGUAAUUAAACGUGGACCCCAUAAGAAACACAUUAUGCUGUGAUUGAAUGCCCAACAGUCACGAAUACCAUGCUCUGUGAACCCUAACGAAGAAGUGACAAAGUUAGGUCAGAAAAACGAGGCUGUCACUCACACCCCUUCUCACUGAUUCACGCUGCCAGCUAAAACUGGCUUUGCUGGCCAGUAACUUGUGUACAAGAAACUGUUCCAAACACUGUCCCCAAUUCAAGGUUCAGGUGUGUUCUAAUGCAAUUUAGUGAUUAGUUAUAGUACAAGAGGUUCACUAAAAAUAUAUUAAAAAAUCACGGUAUACAAUUCUCAAGGACCACACCACUGCUUAAAUUCGUACUUUUGAAAGUAAAUUAUUCUUUGCCGGAGGUCUUACUUUUUAAGAAAGUGGGAUUUUAAAAAUUGACAUUUUAGUCAGUGUGCUGUUUUCUGCCCACUUUCAAAGCAAAUGGUUUAAUAUUUUUCCUAUCAAUCUGUAUUUCCUUUGGUUUGAAUACAGGAUAGAAACCAUUGCUGGCUAGCUCUGAAAAAUAGACGAAUUUUGUUAAAGGCAAACAGGGAGCUGGAACCAUGGGGCUUUGAGUCACCCAGGGCCCUUGUUCAUUCAACAGUCAUGAUUUGAGUGCUGUGUGGCACCCUGCGCUGUGCUAGGACCUGUAGGGACACAGACAUAGAGCCAAAUACCCCCCAUCCCCGGAGGGUUUCAGGCCUAGGAAGGACCACACAAUUCAGGUUUUGUUUCUAUCAGUUCCUUUUGCUGAAAGGCAAGAGUAUGUCUGUUGCCGUGUUGUCCAACAUCCCCCCUUCUAAGCAACGUUGAGAGAAGAUGGGUAGCUGGGCGUAAAUAAAUAUGUUGAAUCAAUUAACCUAUGUACUGUAGUUUUCUUUGCUUUUCCAAAAACAUUAAAAGUCUGUAACUAGUAUAAUGUCAUAGAAACUAGCCCCUGAAGUGUGUAUAUAUAAAAGGCAGUACAGAUAUUAAGUCUGGCUUGAAUCAGAGGUGGGAGAUGCAAACAUUUGCUUCAGCCUUGAAGACAUUUAUCUUAUAGCCGGGGAGA